UAAAGUUGUUCUCGUUCUAUCCAAAAGGGGUCCACCAUCUAGCACUUUUUUGCCCUUUACCCUUUUCAAAGACUAUUUCGACCAAUCCUAUCGUUUCUCGAAUCUCCUUUUUAUUUCCGGUCUCUUUUAACCCUAAAUGCCACACUCUUUCUGUUCUGUUCUGUCCUUCCUUCUCCAAUUUCUGCUUCAAAGCACGUUUUUACUCCCUUAUUUGGCCAAAACAACCCCUUUUGGCAUCUGGGUCGCUUUGAUUUUAGCUCUUUUGGAGACAUGGUCUAUCUGGGUACUUGAGGUUCUGUUUUAUUAUUAAAAUAUUGAGUCGGUUUUGAUAAAUUUGGGAUAUUUUGGCCUAGUGGGUUUUGUUUGGAGGUCUCGGUUAACUGAUUGGUUUUUGAGAAGAGGAACUGAUUUCAGAAUCUGGAUCUGCAUAAAUUUCAGUUUUGGAAGCGGGUUUUGGUUAAAGUCUGAUUAUUUUUUUUGAUCUUGGAGUGGUGGGUUCAUGGGUUAUUUGGUGGGUUAAUGGUGAAAUUAAAAUUUUUUAUUAGGAGUUUGUGUGGAGUUUGAGAUAGAGAGAGACAAAUUGAGAGAUUUGGAGAUGAAGAGAGGGAAAGAUUAUGAUAAGAUAAUGGGGCCUAUGUUUCCUAGGCUUCAUGUGAAUGAUACAGAUAAAGGAGGGCCUAGAGCUCCCCCAAGGAACAAGAUGGCUCUUUAUGAGCAACUUAGUAUUCCAUCUCAAAGGUUUAAUCCUGAUGUUUUGCCUCGUAAUUCGAGUAAUACUAGUGACUUAGCUCCAACAGGAUCCUCAAGCCAGGGCAGUGGCCUUGAAAGACAUUUUCCUUACCCUCAUUAUGUCCCUUCUCCAACACCCACUGAUGUGGCUGAGAAAUACCAUUCUCGCCAGCCUGAUGGAAGAAAUUUGAACACUCCAGUGGCACCGCUGAUGCAACGAAAGAAGGUAGGUGAAGAAGAUGAUUUUACAGUUCCUGUUUUUGUUCAUUCCGGGAAGGGUCAAGGUCAGACUAAAAUGCAGACUAGUGCUGCUCAGGAAAAUCUCGCUUCCCUCUGCCCUACUUAUUUGGGUCAUUCAUCUAGAAUCCAAAAUGCUGGUGAUAAUAGUCAUAUUGGCUCCACAGGUCUCAAUCUGAGACCAGACACAAGUAACCAGAGUGAAGAUAACCUAGAAGUGUGUGUCUCAAGUAGUGAUCAUAUAGCAAGACAUUCCACAAAUUUGCGAACCAGAGAAAAGAAUGACAUUCCUGAAGAAGGCAAUGAAUCUCAAAAUCAGCAAUAUCGAAAUAACCUUGUGUCUAAUUUUACCAGAUUACAUGAAAAUGAUACUUGUUUGCAACAAGAGACUUCAGCUAGGUUGCAAUCAAAUCACAGUGAACAUGGUGACCAUGUUCCCGAGUCGAGGAGGCAAAAGGAGAAAAUAAACAUUUUUCAGCCUGGAAAUGACUCUCAUUUGAGGAAGGAUUGUAGUAGUCCCAAUGAACCUGAAAUUGACAGCGAAUGUUUUGGAGACAAGACUUGUGGGUCACUGCAAUUCAGAAAUGGAGACAAAAGCAAUGAUGCCUCUGAGACCUCCAUGGUGGAUUCUGUAUCAGUGUUGGAUAUUUCUCCAGAUGAUGUUGUGGGAAUUAUUGGUCAGAAACAUUUCUGGAAAGCAAGAAGAGCAAUUGCCAAUCAACAAAGAGUGUUUUCCGUACAAGUGUUCGAGUUGCAUAGACUGAUAAAGGUUCAGCAACUGAUCGCAGGAUCCCCACAUCUCUUACUUGAGGAAGAGGUUCAUCUGGCCAAACCUCCUAUGAAGGGCUCUCCUUGUAAGAACCUUCCAUCAGAAUGUGUUGUAACACCUCCAGUUCAUGUUGCCAAGCACAAAGAUAAUUCAGAGAACCCAAACCAUAAGAUGGAAUGUUCUGCAGAGAAUGCAGUUGAGAAGACACCCUUCGCUUCUGUGAACGAUGGUCAGCCUCCAAAUUUUGGGCCCCAUGCAGGACCGACAACAGUUCCUAUGGCUGCUGACACCAAAAUGCCUCCUUGGUGUUUCCAUCCUUCUCCUGGACUUCAAUGGUUAGUUCCUGUAAUGUCCCCCUCAGAAGGACUUGUAUAUAAGCCUUACACUGCCCCUGGAUUCAUGGGAUCGGGUUGUGGAGGAUGUGGACCCUUUGGGCCAAUUCCCUUGACAGGCAACUUUAUGACUUCAGCUUAUGCGGUUCCAACAUCUCAUUAUCAUCAAGGAAUUGGGGUCUCACCAGGUGCUCCUCCAGUUGGUAAUGCUUGCUUUCCCCCAUAUGGCAUGCCAGGAAUGAACCCAACCAUCUCAGGUUCUGCGGGGUCUGGUUCUUGUGGUCAAACUGCUCAGUUUCCAGGAGGCAUUUUGAGCUCAAACAUGCCACAUCAAAGCUCAUGUAAUGAACGGACUCAAAAGAGUGAAGCUGUUUUACAAGGCAUGAAGCUUCAGGCAUCUAAAAACACUUCCGUACAAGGAAGUACAGGUAGUAGUCCCAGUGGCAGAGUGCAAGGGGUUGGGACUGUUCAAGCUGCUGAUGGAAGAGCUGCGCUCCCACCGCUCCCAGUGACGACUCCUUGCCCUGAGGGAGCCCCUCGGCAUCAAGAGACAGACCAGCUGUCGAGAGUGAUCAAGGUUGUGCCUCACAAUGGUAGAUCUGCUACUGAAUCAGCAGCUCGAAUUUUCCAAUCCAUACAGGAAGGGAGAAAACAAUAUGACUCUCUUUAGCCUUUUUUUUUGUCUGACAACUGUUUGGAAACAACAUGAGACACAUCUGAGUUACUAGUGGUUCUUGGUUAUUUGCCCCAGUUUUUUUAUUGGUAUAAUGUGUAAUGUACUCCUCUUUUCAAACCUGAUUGUAGGCUAUUUGUAUGUAGAUAGUCUGUAAGAAAACAGCGAUGUAACAUGAAUCUGGUGGUCUUCAUGCUGUUGUA